AUGCGAACAGAACUGGUAUAUCUGGCUACCACAGCCGCGCUAUGGCCUGCGGUCCAUGGAUCAGGUUCGUGGCGGAAUAAUCUAAAACAUGUGGUAUUCUUCGGAGACUCCUUCACGGACCAGUCCAGAGCACAUUCGAUCAGCAACGGCACGUACCCCGGAAAAUACUACAAGACCAUCUACCCUCCUGAUGACCCUGCGGCAGAGGGCCGAGUCUCUUGGCCUCGCGAUCUGCCCUAUGAAAACUACGCAGUCGGGGGCGCAGUAUGCAGCAACGACCUCACGCCAGGCUUCAACGUCCCCGCCGUGUCGGGCGGCCAGCUCGCCUGGUUCGCAGAGGACCAUGUACUUUCUAACGGAACUGGACAUGUCCCACCAAAGCUGGACAUCCCUGGCGCAAACACACUCGCGAUACUCUGGAUAGGCACGAAUGACCUCGGACUGCACUCGCUGCUGGCACCCAACGCCUCCGAAGGCAGAACAUACUGGCCCAACAUUCCUCCGCUCACCCCGGCAGUCCCGCCAAUCGCCCCCGGAAACGACAAUGCCACGACGAUGCUGGAUCUAGCGGAUUGCCAGCUUAGCUCUCUCCAGGAGCUCUAUGACUACGGAGUGCGGAACUUCCUCCUCUUGUCGACGAUUCCUCUGCAUUUGACGAAGCUAUACUCGGCCGUCGAUGAUCCCGUAAUUUACUGGCCGGAGCCGCAUGACGGAGCUUCAUGGCACAGACAGGCAAGUCUGGCGGAAGUAUAUCGCUCGAUGGCUAUGUUUCAAUACGCCAACGCGCUGAAUGCCCUCUUGCAGGUGGGAGUCGGGAGGUUUUCUCAAAAGAGGGACGCGCGGAUAGAAUAUUUCGACACGUACAAGUUCUUCGAAGAGAUAUAUCUCAAUCCGGAUCAAUACUUCAACGGGACUGCGCCGGCCAACGUGACAGGCCAUUGCCAUCAGUGCCCCAAUGCGACUGAUUGGCGUUACUGCGGAGUGGGAGAUUGUACUUGGGAAGAGAGGGAUAGCUACAUGUGGUGGGAUGAAUUGCAUCCAAGCGAGCAGACUGGGCGGUUAUUGGCUAAGGAAAUUGUCAACAAACUAGAGGGGCGCUCCAAAUAUUGA